GAUGGUGUUUAUAACAGUGCACCAUUAGAAAUAUGGAGGUGGACCAUUCCUUAGCCGUGAGUGCUGCUGGACAGGUGACUACUGCUGCAGCCCUCAACAGUGGAGACUCUCAGCAAGCUCCUGACAAGAGCACAGUUCUGGCUGUGCUGCAGCUGCUGAGGAAGUAUAACUUGAAAAGCACAGAAGAGAGCCUACUGAGAGAAGCAAAUGUGAAUUUGGACAUUGGAAAUCAAGGUUCGGAGUCUGAAGUGAACACAGUGCUGUCAGCAUAUAAGAGUGAGGGCAAUCCAGAAUUCUAUGAAGAAGCUUACACUGAUUUGAAAAAAUUUGUUGAAGGUGCAUUGGAUACAUACAAACACGAGUUGGGGAUGGUGCUGUAUCCUGUGUUUGUACACAUGUACCUAGAGCUGGUGUACAAUGGUCACGAGGCACAGGCCAUCAGGUUCAUGCAACAGUUCAGUGGAGACCAGGAGAUAUACUACCAGGACGAUCUGCGUAGGCUGGCCUUUGUCACCAAGAAGGACCAGAUGAAGGGCAACCAACUUGCAGAGACAUUCAAAUCAAAUGAAUUCAUCAUCCGUAUGUCACGAGAUACAUUGACUCUGCUCAAGCGGCACCUGCAAGAAAAGAAGCACAGUGUCCUGUUGAACAUCAUCCAGGAACACUUGUACUUUGACAUGUAUGAGGGUGUGGCCCGGAAUAAGCAGCAGAUAGAUGCGACUGCUGGAGCUAUGGUGGGAGAAGCUACAAGGCAAGAUAAUAAGACCAAGAUAUUCUAUGGCAUGCUGAAGGAGCCGGAUAUCCAGUAUGUACCAGCGGAUGAGGAAGAGGAUGGUGGCGAGGGAGAGGGCGGAGACAAACCCAAGAAGAAGAAGGCCAAGAAGGAUCCUCUGUUAUAUAAAAAAGCCAAAUCUGAUCCUAAUGCACCUCCAUGUGAUCGGUUACCCUUACCAGAAUUGAAAGAUGCAGACAAACUGGAGAAAGUGAAAGCGAUGAGAGAGGCUAUCAAGCGAGUUACACUGGGACCCGAGAAUCUGCCAUCAAUUUGCUGCUACACCCUUCUUAAUGCAUCUCACACGGUCACCUGUGCUGAGAUAGCUGAAGACUCCAGUGUCCUGGCUGUGGGAUUUGCAGAUGCUGUUGUCAAGGUGUGGAGCCUAAUGCCGCAGAAACUGCGUGCCAUGAAACCUGCAGAAGUUUUACAAGAGAUAGAUAUCGAAGCAGAGGAUGUUCUGGCCCGUAUCAUGGAUGAUAGAAGUGCUGAAACGACGCGUAGCCUCCUCGGUCACAACGGCCCAGUCUACAAGGUGUCCUUCAGUCCUGAUCGGUCACUACUUUUGUCCUGCUCAGAGGACAGCACAAUUCGACUGUGGAGCCUGAUGACUUGGACGUGUCUGGUCGCGUACAAGGGUCACAUGUUCCCAGUGUGGGAUGUGCGAUUCUCGCCUCAUGGCCAUUAUUUUGCUACGGCAAGCCACGACCGCACUGCACGACUGUGGGCCACUGACCACUACCAGCCGCUGCGCAUCUUCGCUGGUCAUUUUUCUGAUGUUGAUUGUGUACAGUUUCACCCCAACUCAAACUAUGUGGCCACGGGCUCUAGUGAUCGCACUGUACGGCUGUGGGACUGCAUUACAGGAAACCAUGUUCGGCUCAUGACUGGCCACAAGGGUUCGAUCUAUGCCCUGUGUUUCUCCAUCGAAGGCAGAUUUCUGGUGUCAGCUGGUAGUGACUGUCGUCUGCUACUGUGGGACUUGGCUCACGGUCACCUGCUCGCGGAACUCACAGGUCAUUCGGCAACCGUGCACAGUCUUUCCUUCAGCCGAGAUGGUCAUAUCCUCACUUCUGGAUCUCUGGACUGCACUAUCAAGGUAUGGGACUUCACCAAGCUGACAGAUGAAGUGACACUGGAAGAUGUCAACAUCUCACACAACCCAGAGAUCAAGAAGAAUAGUGAUAAAUAUCUGCUACGCUCCUACGCCACCAAGAACUCUCCUGUCCUUUGUCUUCAUUUCUCGAGAAGAAAUGUCUUAAUGACUGUUAGCAUGUAUGAUUCGUCCUGAAUAAAUUAGAUAUAUUUUUUUUUAA